AUUAUUAAAGUCUUAUUUUCUGAAGUGAGUAUUUUCGGCAUAUAAAAUUGUAACUACUGCAUUGUCAAACAAUUUAAAAUUAAGUCAUGUCAAUGGAAGUGGAGAAAAUUAUACUUUAUGUAAUAAUAAUAUCCUGUGGAGUGUGUCUUGGAGAUCUUCUCGAGGAACAGCAGACACAAUUCGAGGCAGAAGAUGAUCGUUCUGUGAAAGGUAACAGUUCCUCAAUGGAUGGAAAUAAGGAAUGCCUUGUAAACCUACAGUUGAAUUUUUCAAAUAUGGGCCUGCGGAAAAUUUUUGACGGAUUCAUAUCUAGUACUGGUUUGACGCAUCUCGAUCUAGCAGACAACGAAAUAGCAGAAGGAUCCUUUGAGACAUUCGAAAAACUUCCAAAUUUGAAAUACCUAAAUUUGGCAGGAAACAAGCUAAAUCUAGCUACUUUCUUGGAAUCUGGUGUUCACGAAAAUCUUGAUACUCUUAUUUUGGAUCGAAUGCAAUCUCUUCAAACGCCAAAUUAUCAUUAUUAUAACUACAAAGCUGAUCCUACACACUUUAACACGUUCAAAAUUGGGACCAAACUCCCGAGACUCAGUCAUCUACAUCUACAAGAUCUGCAGUUAGGAAGUAUUUCUUCACCGAAUUGGGCACAAAUUUUGCCAAGUCUGACUCACUUGUAUUUUUCAGGUAACAAUUUAAAACAUUCAGUGAAUCAAUUCCUGUUAGAAAUUCCAUCGUCUGUAAGGCAUUUGUAUAUUGAAAGAAGUGAAAUAGAGUCGAUAGAUUUGAAAUAUCAUGAACAACUUAUAUUCGGAAGCAAAGUAGAUUCUUUAAUUACUCUUUCUCUGGAUGAAAAUAAAAUUAACUGUUUGGGAUCGAUAACGCGAUCGUCGAUGUACUAUCACACAUAUCACCACUUGCAAGAAAAUUGUCAUAUGACAGACAUAAGUCAAUUUAAAGAUUUAGAAUUUCUGUCGAUUUCGAAUAACGAAAUAUUCCGCCUCUUUGACAAUGCGUUUGAGAAAAUUACCAAAUUAGUCUCUUUAAAUCUAUCAAAAAAUAAAAUUACAGAUAUAAGUGACACAAUAUAUAAAAAUAUGUAUAAUUUAGAAUUGUUAGAUCUAAGUGACAAUCAACUUGAAAAAGUAUCAGGUGUAUGCGAAUUAAAUAAUUUGAGAAACUUGAAUCUUGACCGCAAUCUUAUAAAUGUUGUUAAUUCAGAAUAUAUUUGUUCCUCUGAUAGUUUGAAAAGUUUAUCUUUGAGUGGAAAUGGUAUAGAAACUAUUCCAGCUGAUACUUUCAACAAAUUGACAAAUUUACUUGAAUUAAAUUUAUCUGACAAUAAACUUGCUGUAUUUGAUUGUCAAUCAACUACUCUUAAAAAUUUAUUGUUAAGCGGAAAUAAAUUUCAAACCAUGGAAAAUAUAUUGUUGGCAAAUCAAACAUUCUUGCACUUAUUAGAUAUUAGAAAUAACUCAGUAAAUGAGUUGAAACCAUUUUUAAUGCAAUUCUUCAUUGAAGAAAGAAUUGUUAAUGUACAACGGUUAAAAUUUUAAGUGCUUAAGUGACCGGCAAUCAAAUAUAUAUUUUUAAUCACAAAAUUGGUUAUAAAUACAGAAGACAAUACCAUUUGGGAAAAAAUUCGAAAAUUAUUUGCAUGAAAGUUUAAGAAAAUUUUCCGAAAGGAUAAGAAAUAAUACCUAUUGUCAUAUGGUUUUGUUACAUAAUUCUUUAACAUUUCCGAAUAAUUCUUGACUUUUUCUGAAAUAGUAAUAUCAAUUUCUGACAUCUUUUUCGAAAAAUUACGUAAGUUCCUUACCAAAUUUGGGAGUAUUCCAUGCUGAAGAGUAGGGAAAAUUCUCGAUUUUUUUUUGACAGUCCAAUCAACGUCUGCGGUGUUUUAAACAAAUGUGUCAAUUAAUCAAAAUAUUGUUUGUAAUGUCUAUAUUAAGCUUACUUUUAUAGUUAUAUAGAUACACAAAUAGGUUUGUUGUAUAAACAAGCGUGUACUUGUUUUAUAAUUUUAGCGCUUGUCAAAGACGAGGUAAAAUCAUAUAUGUAUAACUUGCGGUUUUAUGCAUGUUAAUCUUCCUUAAAAU